UCGGUGGUAGCGGGAAGAGGCGGGGUCGGCAGAGCGCGGGGAAAUCUGGAGGUGGCGGGAGAAGGAGAACUGAGGUGCUGUGUCCGGGGUGGCGGAGUGUGAGUGGAGUUUUUUGGGAAUAUGGCUGCUAAUCCAGAAAACGCUCAACUCUCGCCUUUGCUAGAAACCUUGGAGGACACAUCUACCUCACAUACAGAACAGACGGAUGCUUAUCUCUCGAUUGCCAACCGUCUUAGUGGAGAAGAUGGGAAAGUUUUCAAUGUCUUGGUUGGAAAGGAGUUUUCCCGUCUCCUUAACAUUUUUAAGACACACAUUUCUCACCAGAAUUCAGACCUCAGUAACGCAGCACUUCAAGCAAUGGGAUUUUGUGUAUUUUACAGUAACAUAGCAUCCAGCUUAUCAGCAACUGAGGUACAAGAGUUGCUGUCAUCACUUAACAGUAUUGCUGUAAAAUCAGAUGAUAAAAACACAUGCACAAGAGCACUUUGGGUGAUUUCAAAACAGCACUUCUCUGCAGAAGAUGUUGGAAAGGCGGUACCGUCAAUACUUUCUACAUUAGAAAACAUAUUAAAUAAAGAUGUACAGUCAGUUGUCAUUGCUUAUGAAGCACUAAAUGUUGUUAUAAGACUGGUGGAACAGACACCUGCUCAGAUGACAGAUGAGGCAGUCCGAUGGGCAAAGAUUAUUAUCCCAUUAGUUGUCCACUCUGCACCCAAGGUUCGAUUAAGAGCUGCAACUGCAUUAGAACUCGGUGUGCCACUCUUGCUUCAGAAGCAGCAAGAGGUGUCGGCCUUAACAGAACAGCUCAUGACCUCUAAAAUUAUUGGAGAACUCAACAAGCUGUUUAAUAGCAAAAAUGAGACCUACGUUUUGAAAUUGUGGCCUUUGUUCGUCAAGCUGCUUGGCAAGACAUUGCAUCGCAGCGGCAGCUUUAUUAAUUCCUUGCUGCAACUUGAAGAGUUAGGUUUUCGAAAUGGAUCCCCUGGAAUUAAGAAGAUUGCAUUUAUUGCCUGGAAAAGUCUCAUUGAUAACUUUGCACUAAACCCAGACAUUUUGUGCAGUUCAAAGAGACUAAAACUCCUAAUGCAGCCAUUGAGUUCUAUCCAUGUAAGAACAGAAGCUCUGGCUUUGACUAAAGUAGAAGUGUGGUGGUAUCUCUUGAUGCGUCUUGGAUCUCAGCUGCCAAUUCACUUUGAACAGGUUUGUUUACCUUUGAUUCAAAGUGCUUUAUGUGUAGAUGCAGCUUCACCCCAGGCACCUCAACUGCGUUCUGCUAACCUGGUUGCCUCUACACCCAUACAGAAAGGAAAUUUGUCAUUUAAUUAUCCAGCAACUCCGAUGACUCCAAAAAUGAACUUGAACUCCAGUCUCUUGGCAUCUGUAGCAUUUCCAUCUGUUCAUCUUCUGGGUGUAGAGAUGAUGCUUCAUUUCCUCCUGGGUCCAGAAGUUGAGCAGUUUGCCAGUAAGCACAAGCUUGUGCUCAGUUUAGAGCCUCUCCAACAUCCAUUGAUUAGCAGCUCCUCUUUCUUCAGUAAACAUGCCAGCACUUUGCUGAGUGCAGUACAAGAUGGAUUUAUUACCAUUGGAAAGGAAGCUUCAGGUGCUGUGCUUUAUGCUGUGUGGAAAGACAUGAUAGAGUUUGUAAAGGCAGCUAUGGAGACAGGUAGUAAGAAAGAACGGCAAGGCUCGGAGGUGUUGACCUGCUUGCUGCAAACUUUGAAAAUGAUAAUUGUUUCAGAUUCCCUUCAGGUGGAGAAGUGCUUGAGUCUUCUGGAGUGCACCGUGAAAGGACUACCUCAAAAAGUACUGGGAUCUGCAGCAUAUCAGGUGGCAAAUAUGGAUCUUCUUAAUGGAACUCCAGCACUCUUUCUAAUACAGCUUCACUUUCAUGCUGGAAUUCUGGAACAUGGCGUUACUGAGGAAAAAUUCUUUGUAAACUUUGAAACACUUGUAAGCUACGUCUUCUCUGGUCCUACAUCACCUUUGGCGUUUUGCGAGUCUGUUCUUGGUGAACUGAAUCACAGUGCCAAGUUACUAGACAACAAAGAAUUGCUUUGGCGCAUUUGGAGUAUUCUGAUUAAUCCACUGACUGAAAAAGUUAAUCAGACUAAUGAGGUAAACCAAGGUGAUGCCCUAGAACACAACUUUAGCGCCUUGCUCAGUGCUUUAAUGCUACCUAUAAAUCACGUCUUCCCAGUCUCGUCCUUUCCACAGCCCACUGUGAAGACUUUGAUGCGCACUUGGUCUGAAUUAUAUAAAACAUUUGCCCGCUGCGCUUCAUUAGUUACUACAACGGAUGAGAAUGGGUGCUGUGAGGAGCUCUGCUCUCGGAUACUUACAGCACUUGAGGAUCAGCCAGUGAGUUUCUUCCUGCUGGAAAGGAUUGUUCAAGUUGUUACUAUUAUUGUGGAUUCUAUCAACUUCUCCCCUUAUAGCACUAAAUUCCAACCCAAAACAAAAGCCCCUCACACUCCAACUGAUUGGGCGAAGAGGAAGAAAGGGCCUCUGGGAAAUCUAAAUUCUUUAAUGCAAUUACUUGUGAGAGUAACUGAAGAAUUUCACACUUUGUGCUCUGAUCAGUCCCAGAUUGAGGCAAAUGCUUCAACGUUGUCUUCGAUGGGAUCUUCUAUUCUGAACACCUUGUCUGUCUGCAUCAGCCAUGUCAGUUUACCUUCCAUACUAAGGACCGUAUUUUCACUACUGACAAAGCCUAUUGCUGUGUUCUAUGCCAAGACAAAGUCUGACUCUCCAAAAGUGUACAGUUCUCUAGGCAGUAAGUUGGAUAAACUUCUUGGUGAGUUGCUCUCCUGUUUGGGCUCUCGAUACACUGGAUCCUAUGACAACGAUCUGCUUGAAGCGCUCUCACCUUUGCUCUGCGCCAUAUUUCUACACAAGAACAAGCAGUUGCGCACUCAGGCUGCACAGUUUUGGAAUGGGUCGUUUGCUAAGGCAGCCACGUUGGUUUAUCCAGAUGAACUCAAACCUGUUUUAAGUCAAGUUAAAGUAAAAACUCCCCUCCUGUUACCUGGCUUCACCUUUACUACUACAGCUGAGGAGUCAAGUGGCCCCUAUUCUGAUAAUAUGGAAAACUCUCAGCUGGGAACCAAGGUUAGCGGUAUUGAGAUGAAAUCCACUGGGAAAAGAGACUCCUUACUGGCCAGAGCAGAAGAGCCUAAAAAUAAAAGCACUCCAACAAAAAUUCCAUCUGCCAAGUUAAAACUGGAGUUUUCAUCUCCGAACACCAAAAAGAAAAUCUUGGAAGAGGAGCAGUCGUCUGACUUUGUAUUUAUCCCUCCUGAAGCUAAAGAGAGAGUUCUUACAGAACAUCAGAAGGAAGUCCUUCGCACAAAAAGGGUGGACAUACCGACCAUGUAUAACAAUUUAGAUGCAUCGCAGGACACCGCUUUGUUCACACAAUAUACUCAGAGCCAGGAAAUUGCAUUGGACAAGCCAGAAGUAAAGGUGGAUGCUACAGAAAAUGCUGCUCAAUCCAAGGAAGAACAUACACCUCAAAAGGGAAGUGACGUAAAGGAAGAGGAACACGAAGCAAAAGAAGUUGCAGAUAUUGACUUGUUGGAAGUUGAAGUGUCAAAAACUUUGAAUGACUCUUCUGUGUUAAACACUUCAAAAGAAGUGCAAAACUCCUCAAACAUCAGCAAUAGUUCUACCUCUUCGGAUAUGGUGGUAGGAACACCACCACAACCCAUGAGCAGGAGACAGUCUUUUAUCACCUUGGAAAAGUUUGACAGCUCUGAGAAUCGCUCUUUUAGCCCUUUGUCAGAAGCAAAAUUUCCAAAAGCAAAAGAGGUUAUUUUAGUGCCAGACAGUCAAGAAGUAAAGGAUACAAACCCAAAGCGCAAAGAAAAAGAAUCAAAAAGAAAUAAAUUACAGGCAGAAACUGAAUCACAAAAUGAUAAAUCAAGACCUGCAUCCAGAAGAAGAUCGAGAUCUUUACGUCAAGCUGAAGACGCAGAGAAGAAACUUGAAGCACCUGAACAACCUAGUCUGAAAUGUGGAAGUGUUGCUGGUGCGGCACCUGCAGAGGAAAUGGAAGACAAUGAGUGUGUUCCAGAAUCUCAGCUGCCUCAGCAGGAAGAAAAUGUGGACCACGAUAAGGAAAAUUCAGCACCAGAGAAUAUUACAGACUUCAAAGAAAACACUCCACCAGAGACUAGUACAGCAGUAAAGGAAGACGCUCAACUGCCUCAGAAAGCACCUGGUAAUCCAAUUUUGUUGAGACGCUCUUCCAGGAGGCAAUCGGAAAUAGUGGAAGCUGUUAAGGAGGCUGCAACAGAAAAACCAUCCCGGGUGAAAGAAGAGCAAAAAAUCAAUUUGAAAAAGAUUCCUCCAUCUAAAGAAACUCCUACUAAGCAACAAAGUGAAAAGCUUGUGAAAGCGGUUGAAAAGGAAGAUACUGAUUUGGCCAAAAAUCUUGAAGAAAGUUCACAAGUUAAUAAAACUUCGAACACUGAUAAUGAUGAGGAGCUUCCAGACUCCAACUCCAGUGAGAAGACGAUAAGAGGCAGAUCUAGAUAUCAGACACGAAGGUCUCUGCAGGCUCUUCAGACUGCCAAUGAAAAUUCAGAGUCUGAUAAUUCUGAACCUCGUGAACCAACAGGCAAGCGAAAACGAGGUAGACCUAGGAAAGUGGAUGGAUCUGAAAAGGAAAAAGAGGAAAGCUCUCAGGAAUCACAGAUGAGUGAUACAGCCAAUUUCUACAUGGAACCAACCAAAAGUGAGUGUGCUUCUGAUGUGGUCUCUGAGGUAGAUUCCCAACCCGAAAUAGAUGGAGAAACCUACAUGAGUUCUUCAGAUAACUCUGAAUCGCGGGCAAAGAUUCCAAGGUUGAAGGAUGGCAGGAAUACAGAGUUGGGCUCUACCGUGGAAAUUAACAAAACCUAUAAUGUUUCCAAACUUGGCAGCAUGGCGCAAAGCUUAAUGACUGAACCUUCUGCUGGUGACUUUGCCACAGCAGUUUCUGAUGUAUUUAGAAAUUCUGAAAACACCUCAGCAAUUGACUGUCCCCAUAAAAGAAGUCGGCGAGUCAAAAGGUCCAAGGGUUGUGACUGUUGUGAGGCCUCAGGAAGGGAAGAAAAGUCUUUCACGGAAUUAAAAUCCGAAGAAGCGGAAAGUAAAUACAAGACUAUGAACUCGUCUUCUGACAUGCAGUUUAACUGUACUUUCUCAGGGCCAUGCGCUGUUAGCACACCACUCGUUCCAGCAAAACAGCAACCAUUUUUCAAAGUCUCUGCAACUGAGAUUAAAUCGGAUACUGAGUCGGAGCUUGAACAAACAGUUCAAUUUAGUAAGAGUGAGACGGAGGAAGUAACAGAAAUUUAUGUUCAAACAAAAACAAUAGAAGCUUUGGAAUCCUCAACGGAACCUACUACAGAGGUGACAGAAAUUCAAAAAUAUGCACAUGACAGUGUAAGCAUUGAAAAUCAAUGUGUUAAAGAACCACGUGCAGAAUAUAAACAAAACAAUGUUGAGGCAGAAAAAGAAAACUUCUGCAAGACUUUUGAUGUAGAGACCAUUGAAGCAUCUACAAAGGACGAGACCUGUGUAAAACCAGAGGAGGAGCUGGAAGAUGCUCAGGUUAUAGUAGAUGAGGGUAAUGAUGUGGUUGAAGAAAAAGAUCAUUCUGCCACGUCAAGCCAGGAUUUUCCUGACGAGAACAAUGCGGGGGCGGUCAAAGCUCCUGCUAAAGACAUUGAAAUAGUAGACUAUUCAGCUGCAGAGAUUAAGUUGCCUACUGCUGAGGAAACUGAAGCAGAGCUGGACAGAGCUUCUGCAGAGGAGGUUGAAGCAAAUGUGGGUAAAGAUUCAACUGAGUUGACUGAGCCCAAAGAAGCUAUUGCUGAGGUGACUGAAGCAGAAAUGGGCAAAGUUAUUUUUGAAGGACAGGUGGAAAACGUUUUUGCAGGAGAGAUUGAUGUAGAGGUAAUCGCAACUCCUGGGAAGUCUGAAGCAGAGGUGGAAAAAGCUUCUGCUGAGGAGACUGAAGCAGAGGUAAGCAAAGUUCCUGCUGAGGAGACUGAAGCAGAGGUAAGCAAAGUUCCUGCUGAGGAGACUGAAGCAGAGGUAGGCAACGUUCCUGCUGAGGAGACUGAAGCAGAGGUAGGCAAAGUUCCUGCUGAGGAGACUGAAGCAAGGGUGGAAACUGCUUAUCCUGAGGAGAUCGAAGCUGAGAUGGACACAACUGCUCCCAAUGAAUCCGAAGCAGAAGUUAACACAGUCCCUCCUGGGGAGAUGGAAGAAAGCACUGUCUGUCAGGAAUCAAGUGUAGAUAAGGUUGCUGAGACUUUAGCAAAAGAGAAAACUUUGAACAUAAAUGAAGAAAACAUUCACCUUGAGAAAGAAAAUUCUCAGAGGACUUGUGGGGAGAAUGCAGAAACUUGUAUAGUUCCAUCUACUGACACAUUGCCAUACAAGGUCACCUUGUCUGAAGGAGCAAAAGUGGAUGAAGAUCUGACAACUGCUGCAGAGAAGUGUGCUGCUCCGAGAGGAUCUGAAAAUAUGCAAAUAAAUCUGGGUGAAGGACAUUCCAGCACAGAUUCACCACCUAAACUAAAAGGCUUGACAUCUAUGGCUCUAGCCAAUGACAGCCCCAGUGGAAGCUUCAGCUGGUCUCCAUCUGCAUCACCUUCAACCAGCAUUCUAAAGAAAGGGCUAAAGAGACACCAGCAGGAAAUGGACUCCCCCUCUUCGCUUAACAAGAUUAGGAGAGUAUCGUUUGCUGAUCCAAUAUAUCAGGAAGGAUUGGCAGAUGACAUUGAUCGCCGUAGCCCUGUGAUUAGAAGCAAUCAAAGUAACUCCCCAUCUUCAAGAAGUCUUAAAAUGCUAACGAGUACUCAGCCAAAGAUUAUCACCACCCCAACCAAAGGAUUUGUCUCUCCUGGGUCUCGUGUUCUUGGAUUUAAGAGUUCAAAGAAGAGUUUGAUUUCAGAAAUGACCAAAGAGUCCAUGCCAUCUCCUAAAGAGAGCGUCUACCCAGCACUAAUGAACUGUGCAGCGUCCAUUGAUGUCAUUCUUCCACAGAUUACCUCCAAUAUGUGGGCCAGAGGACUUGUACAGUUUAUCCGUGCUAAAAAUAUAAAAACAAUUGGUGACCUCAGUACACUUACACCUUCUGAAAUUAAGACCUUACCAAUCCGUUCACCAAAGAUCUCUACUGUGAAGAAAGCUCUGAGAACCUACCAUGAGCAACAGACUAAGGCAAAAGGAUUUGAUGAAUUUGCUGUCCUCGAUGAAGCUGAAAAGUCAUAUAAUGGGCUUGAUGAGAGACCGAUAUACGCUGAAGAAAAACUUGAAACAGACCUGCCGGAGGCAUCUGCCACAGCACCUGUGGAAACCGCUGCAGCCGCGCCAGACCUUCCAGCGCAGAUUAACGCACUUUCUUUGCUGAUGACUACAGAGGAACUUGGAAAAUAUUCAGGAAGCCAGCUUUUUGAAAUGCAGGAAAAACUUGGGACAAUAUCAAACGGCAUUCUUCGGCAUCUGCAGUCACGAUGGAGUUCGCCACCUCACAACGGCUCUGUUUAGUUCAGCUCCGUGUGUCUUGAGCAAUUGUCAUUUACAGGACAUUUUUACUACUUUUCUGAUGAACAUUUUUUAAUACAGACUGCAAACAUUUUUAAGAGAUCCAUCAUGUGGUGGUCAUCUUUACUUUGAAUUGUACUUCUCUAUACACAGCUUCAACUAGGUAAUUAAACAUAACAUUCAUUAUUCUAGGUUUCAGAUGAAGAAUUAAUGCGUUUAAGUACCAGUCUUGUAGGGAGGGGGGGGGGGGCAGAAUGCUGAUAUUUCUAUGGCACCGGUAGCUCUGUGAUUGGUCACCCUCUGGGAGAGUAUUAUCUAGAAGUGGAAAAAAAGAGAUGCAUUUGCACGUCCAGUGUGACCACACAAGUCGCUUGGCAUUUUCAAGGUUCACAGGUGAAACUUGUGGGCAAUAUGGUAAUUUUUUUCUUUCUUACCUUCAGUUUUAUGAAAUUGUAGUAUACACUGCUAUUUUUAAAUGUCGUCCACUUUUGACCACCUUGGUUUUCUGCUUAUGUACGUAAUAUUGUAAAUUCCUUUUGACAUGUUUACUUUUGGACUGGAAAAAGUAUUUUUGGUAGAUUUUUUGCCUCUGAAAGCUUUACUCAAAACAAGCCUUGGAGAAUACCACAGUAUACUAAUUUUCAUGUGGCCCGUGUUGUACCCAUACACUUUGUCAGUUUUUUUGUAAAUUCUGUAUAUAGCCUCACUGCAGGUUACUAGUUUCGAUAGUAAUCCACUCUGUACAUAUAAUUUAAACAGUUGGUUUCACCAGAAUUCUUAAUAUUCACUUUGCUGCAUGUGCUCCUUUUUUUUUUUUUUUAGAUCUUAAAUGUAAAAUAAAAACUAUUAAAGUACUUUUUGAAGUUUUGCA